AGUUCAAAUCAAGCCUCCCAUCAUCAAGCAAAAAUGGCUUCUCUCUUAUUAUCAGUUACAGUUCUCUUUGCAGCUUUCUCUUAUUCUCUUGUAGAGGCUGCUUACAGUAAUAGUUAUUACCCCACCCCAAAACCAUUACUAAAUCCAAUCGAUUCAUGCUGGCGUAGAAACCCUAAUUGGGCAUCUAACCGCCGCGCUCUAGCCGAUUGCGCUGUGGGGUUCGGUAAAGCCGCAAUAGGGGGCAAAUACGGGUCGGUCUACGUGGUUACAAACCCAUCGGACAACCCUGAAAACCCUAGACCUGGAACACUAAGACACGCCGUGAUACAAUCUAAACCGCUGUGGAUCACAUUCGCACGUGACAUGGUCAUAGUGUUGCAAAACGAGCUCAUCAUGAACAGCUACAAGACUAUUGACGGAAGAGGAGUAAAGGUGGAAAUCGCAUACGGGUCAUGCAUAACGGUCCAACAUGUGAGCCAUAUCAUUAUACAUGGGAUAAGUAUCCAUGAUUGUAAACCGGGUAAGUCAGGUCGGGUGCGGAGCAGCCCGACCCAUGUUGGAAGCCGGAAAGGGUCUGAUGGUGACGCGAUCGCCAUAUUUGAUUCUUCACAUAUUUGGAUCGAUCAUUGUUUCUUUUCUCGGUGUCAAGAUGGUUUGAUCGAUGUGCUUCAUGCUUCUACGGCCGUCACUAUUUCUAAUAAUUACUUCACACAGCACGAUAAAGUGAUGUUGCUCGGGCAUAAUGACAAUAAUGUGGAAGAUAGGAUUAUGAGAGUUACAAUUGCAUUCAACCAUUUUGGACCGGGUCUCAUUGAGAGAAUGGCCUAGAGUGAGGAGAGGUAUGCACAUAUAGCAAACAAUAGAUACGAGAAAUGGCAAAUGUAUGCGAUCGGAGGAAGUGCUGAUCCAACAAUCUUCAGUGAAGGCAAUUACUUCGUUGCUUCUGAUGACCCUAGCAAAAAACAGGUGACAAAGAGAAUAGAAAGCGGAUAUGAUUGGAGAAGGUGGAAAUGGAGAACAUCAAAAGACGUUUUCAAGAACGGAGCUUACUUCGUACCGUCUGGAUACGGAACCGUCACGCCGUUGUACGGAGCAGAGUGGUUUCCGGUGUCCCACGGCUCUCUCGUGCCUUCUCUCACUUCCUCCGCCGGCCCUCUCCGUUGCUACUCCGGCAGGACUUGCUGAUUAAUUACUCACCUUUCUAUAUAUACCCUUAUAAUAUUCACAAACAUGUUUGUUUUGUUUUCGUAUUUUAACAUUGAAGCGGAAUUCCUGUAUCUGAGGUGUAUUAUGUGAAUCCUUCUUACCCGGGACGGAAUUCAAAUUAGC